AUGAGAUCACUUAGUUUUUGGACAUCUCUGUUUUCCGUCGUGCUGCUCCCCGGUGCGAGCAUUCAAGCGGAGUCCCAUGAGAAUGAUCUCAUGCCUUUCAAGUUUGACAGCCUCCCGCUUGGAGCUGUGAAGCCCUCAGGAUGGCUGCGUGAUCAAAUAAAGCUGUCCGCGGAAGGACUUGGGGGUCAUCUGUUCGACUUCUAUCGCUAUGUCCACCGGUCAACAUGGCUUGGCGGCGAAUACGAGUACAGUGAACUCAACGAAGCGGCGCCCUACUGGUUCAACUACAUAGUCCCCUUAGCCUGGACCCUCGAUGAUCAGCGUCUGAAAGACCAGGCAAAAGCAUUCCUCGACUAUGCCUUGAACACGCAAGCAGAGGAUGGCUGGCUAGGUCCAGAGACCACGCGACAGACAAGAGGCAUUUGGGCGCGAUCACUAUUGGCAUUUGGCCUAACUCAAUACGCAGAAGCUGACCCGACUGAAACUGAUAGGAUAGUGACUGCUCUGCACAAAUUCGUCGACCUUGCUCACGGCAUGUUGAAGAACAACUUCACCGGCCUGAUUCAAGAUCGUUCACAAGAUGACAAUUUCGAUCCUUGGGGCUUUGGGGUGUCACGGACUCAUGAACUACCAAUUUCGUUAAUGUGGCUUUACGAGAAGCACCCACGCCAAAAUAGUGAAGUCAUACUAGAAACCAUCGACCUCAUGUUUGAGGGCGGGAGAUUGGGAAAUCGUGACUGGACCACAUUCUUUGUCGAAGGCACGUUUCCCAAAGACACAAACUUCAAAUCGAGUGGCUUUACACACGGCGUCAACCUAGCACAAGGACUCCGUUAUCCGAGUGUUCUUCAUCGCCGUACCAAGAAUGAGAGCCUCAUUCAGCAAACACAUGAUGCGGUGAAUAUGACUCUGCAAUAUCACACCUCCCUAUCUGGCACCAUUAUUGGAGACGAGCACAUUGGCGGUCAGAGUCCUCAGAGAAGUUCUGAGCUUUGUAUGGCCGUGGAAUCCAUGUUUUCAUACGCCUACUUGUACCGGUACCAUGGUACGAAUCUAUUCGCAGACCGUGCGGAAUUAGCUGCGUUCAAUGCGCUCCCUGCUGCCAUGAGCCCCGACUGGUGGUCUCAUCAGUACGUGACGCAAACCAAUCAGCCGUGGUCACGGAACUUGACGGCAGACCCGUACUUCAACGUUGCUACGUACUCAAACACGUUUGGACUAGAGCCCAACUUUCCAUGCUGUACCGUGAAUCACCCUCAGGCCUACCCCAAGUACGUCUCGUCAGCUUUCGCAAGAAGAGGCAACACAGGGUUAGUUCAUGUCCUCCUUGGUCCCAUGUCUGUCGAAACAUCAGUCAAUGGAAAAUCAGUGAAAGUCGAAGUCACUACCAACUACCCAUUCUCCGAUACUCUUUACUACAAAAUCGAUGCAGAUAUGGAAUUUGACUUCCUCAUCAGAAUUCCCGAGUGGACUGUCAGGGAGACGGCCUUUCUCAAAAUUGACCACGGACGCAAGGAAGCUCUGCGGCCGAAUAGCGAAGGCUUGCAUCGCUUGGGUGUCAAGAAAGGCCUCGCCGAGGUUACAGUCCACCUCCCAAUGGAAAUAACGACAGUUUCAAGGAACGAGACCAUUGGCGUCUAUCGUGGCCCAAUCUUAUAUUCAGCCGACAUUGAGUAUACAGAGACAAGCCACAAGCCUCUCAACUGGACAGACCUACAGCCUCUCGACGACACCGAGGUUGAUCCACGGGUCAAAGAUCACAUCUUGGAGCCGACAUCUGCCUGGAGAUAUGCGCUAGACCCUGGGACACUGAGGGUGGGUGAAUUGGCAGACGGCGACAACGACUUGCCUAACCCAGUCUUCUCGCGUGAGAACGUACCAGUCAGUCUACAAGUUGAUGCUUACCCCAUCGACUGGCCAAUCGAACUCGACACCGCAGCACUUCCCCCAAUCGCACCACGGGUAGACAAGUCGGAGAAGGUGAACCUGAGGUUGAUUCCUUACGCAGCUGCCAAGUUGCAUAUUGCGCAGUUCCCAGUAGCUCGUUUCAAUUAG